AUGUCAAUUAAUGGCAUCCGCAAGUCAUUGAGACGAAAUGGACUUAAAUCUCGUAGAAAAGUAAAGACCAAUUUUGUUAGCAAGACAAACAAGCGGCUUCGAUUGGCGUGGGCUAAAAAGCAUAAGCAUCUUACUAUUGCUGAUUGGAGUCGUUGGGUGUUUUCGGAUGAAACAAGAAUAAACCUUUGGGGCUCAGAUGCGGAGAGUCCUGGUUAUGGUACUACCAUUAUUGAAGGCUCAAUAAACUCGGGCUUGUAUGUCGAUAUUUCGAAGACAUCAUUGAACGAUACUCUUGAGCACUUUGGGAAGACACCAUCUGAUGUGCGAUUUCAACAAGACGGAGCAACACCGCAUACAUCGGGCAUUACUAAACAAUGGUUCACCGACAAUGGGUUUAACCUAGACGAAAUUAUGGAUUGGCCACCCCAAAGUCCCGAUCUUAAUCCCAUUGAACAUGUCUGGCAUCUCCUAAAGCUUCGUCUUAAUAAGUGUCCCACUAGGCCCUCAACAAAAGAAGAAUUAGAGCGGCGUAUUAACAUUCAGUGGUAA